CGAGCACCUCCAAGAUGGCGGCGUCCAUCCAGAACAGCUGUCAGCUCAUUUUAUGUUGACAAAACGCGAGCAAUAACUCAUCGAAACAAAGUAAAACACUCGACGAAACGAAUAACAGAGUUUUGGCCACUGGACAUGUCGGCUACAGGCGGGUUGCCAGGUUUCAUAGCGGUUUAAGAGAGACGGUAAUCGUCGGUUCUUCUGCUAUGGCCACCGACAACAGGAUUCAUUUCUGGAGAAGAAACGCAAAGGUUCCCGGAAGUUUACAGCCGGUAUAUGGAGCACAGCACCCUCCUCUGGAUCCACGGAGACACCGUCAAUUUAAAGACCCUCCUAAAGCCAGCAGUAUAAACACCAAAUCCAAAAAGGCGUCGACAUUCCAUGAAUUUGCACGGAGUACCAAUGAUGCGUGGGACAUUGAUGAUGAAGAGGAUGAUGGUGUAUUCAGUCUCAAACAGACCUCAUCCUCACCCGUCCAAUCACGGUCCAUGCCUCAAACUCCCAGCCUCAAAUUCUCCAAAGCCCUGGAGGACACAGAGCCACAGCUCCACCUACCAGAGAGGCAGGAGCCAAUCAGCACAGAGCCUGAUCUAGAUCAACUAGACGUUGAGAGCGGUUCAACCAAUGGCAGGGUGGUGAAGUCCUGUAGUGAAGUCCAGCUAAACGUUAAUGCAGCACGCAAUACCCUGCAUAAACAGCAGUCACUUCCUGUACGGCCCAUCAUACCGUUGGUUGCCCGCAUUUCGGACCAAAACGCCUCAGGAGCUCCACCCAUGACAGUGAGAGAGAAAACUCGAUUGGAUAAAUUUAAACAGCUGCUUGCAAGUCCUAACACAGACCUGGAGGAGUUACGAAAGCAUAGUUGGUCGGGAAUCCCACGUGAAGUUCGGCCAAUCACCUGGAGACUGUUGUCGGGCUACCUUCCAGCCAAUAAGGAACGAAGGGAUCUUGUUCUUCAAAGGAAGAGGGAGGAGUAUUUUGGCUUUAUUGAGCAGUAUUACCACUCCAGAACAGAUGAAAACCACAGAGACACAUAUCGACAGAUUCACACCGAUAUCCCGAGGACAAACCCUUUGAUUCCUUUGUUCCAGCAAUCUCUUGUGCAGGAGGUGUUUGAAAGGAUUCUGUUCAUCUGGGCCAUCCGUCACCCGGCGAGCGGAUACGUGCAAGGCAUUAAUGACCUGGUUACACCUUUUUUUGUGGUUUUCCUUUCUGAAUUUGUAGAGGAGGAUGUUGAAAAUUUUGAAAUGGCGAGCUUACCCCUGGAUACGCAGAGAAACAUCGAGGCCGACAGCUUUUGGUGUAUGAGUAAAUUGCUGGAUGGGAUUCAGGACAACUACACCUUCGCCCAGCCUGGGAUUCAGAUUAAAGUAAAGGCGCUGGAGGAGCUCGUCAGCAGAAUAGAUGAGGAUGUCCACACGCAUUUUCAGAAGUGUGAAGUGGAGUAUCUGCAGUUUGCUUUCCGCUGGAUGAAUAAUCUACUGAUGAGGGAACUGCCCUUACGAUGUACCAUCAGACUGUGGGACACCUACCAGGCGGAGUCAGAGGGCUUCUCUCAUUUCCACCUCUACGUCUGCGCUGCUUUCCUCAUCAAAUGGCGGAAGGAGAUCCUCUCCAUGAUGGACUUUCAGAGCUUGCUAAUGCUCCUGCAGAACCUUCCCACAAUACACUGGGGCAAUGAGGAGGUGGGGUUGCUUCUGGCUGAGGCCUACAGACUCAAAUACAUGUUUGCUGACGCACCAAGCCACUACAAGAGAUGAAAAUCCAACGCCGGACAGCACAAAAACCCAGACAGUGAUCUGUCCUAACAAUGGCAUCUGUCCAGUCGCCACUUUAAUCUGACACAUGGAGCGGAGAUAGAGCUCACCAAUUUUGUCCCAUGACGUCAAAUGUGUGGCGUCUUUUACGAUUCACGAUCAAGGAUAAAAUCGAGUAAAUAACCACAAACAUUGGAUAUUUUGGAAAAACUACAAUUUCUGUGGCUGACAGAUUCAUUUGCCUGCGGAUUAUUUAUUAAGAUUACUGACAAAAAGAUACCAAGCGUCAGACUAAAGCGGAAAGAUGUGACGUUUUUUAAAAGCAGCUGGACUUUGCUUUUUCCCACAUCUUCCUUCAUUUAUUAUUUCUCCUGAUGUGGAGAAACAAGAUCACCUUCCAGUGCCCUCAUGUUUUGUGUUAUUACACCAUAAUGUGAUCCUCUUGGCCUCUUUUGCUCAUUGCGACAUUGAUUGUACCACAGGCAGGUACAUGGGUCGAUUCCCGCCUGUAAUCACUCGCAGACGCUAUUAUUGAAGAUCGGCAAUACACGAAACUAUGGCAGCCUCCAAGAGCCAUUUUUCAAGAGACGCAGUCGAGCAUUACAUUUGGACCAAUUUGACGAAUCGAUUGGCAACUGACUGAGCGAUGUGUUUCGUUUUUAUGUUUAUUAGACUUUAAAGGCUGUGAAUUUGAACAAUGUAAAAUUGACAGCCCAGUUCGUUCUUAAGUGGCAUUGUAUGCAUAUGAUCCUCUUGCACAAAGAUCGUGGUACUUUUUUUAGGUGGAUGACUACUGAGGUAAUGUUUUAACACACACAGCUGAAUCAAACUGAUCUUGUUUGUGGGUGAUUAUAUAAUUGAAGGUUCAUUUGGUCUCCAAAGUCAUUUUAUAAAGCUUUUUCAAAUGGUUACAUUUCUAAUUAUGUUAAUAAUUUGGUACUCUUUAGCUGCGUUUCCAUAAAUUGUGCAAAUCGAAAAUGCACCCAAUUGAAAAAUAUUUGCAAUUUUGCAUAAACUCCCAUAUAUCGCUAAAAGUUUUUUUAAGCUCGGGUGAGGUGCUUUGCAGGCAAUUCAAAAAAGAAAUAUAUUGCAAAACUGCAUUUUUUUUCACAUUUACAGGGGACUUGUGAUGUCUGUAAAAGUCACAUGAUCAUUCUGUAAAUAUGGCGUAUGUAUUUGAUUGGAGGAUGAGGCAGAAAAGUUGUUUUCGACUGCAAUUAUUUUGGGAAUAGCACUUAAGUCUCUCUUUUUUCUCUCUCUUACCCAUAAUGGGUAAAUAUUUGAUAGACCACACCACUGGGUUAAAAUUGACCCAAUGCUGGGUUGUUUUAUGAGUGCUGGGCAAAGAUUAAUCGCGAUUAAUCGCAUACAAAAUUAAAGUGAUUUUUUGCAUAAUAUAUGUGUGUACUGUGUGUAAUUAUUAUGUAUAUUUAACCACACAGACUUGCAUAUAUUCAUUUCAGAUUUUUUUUAUUACAUUUACAUAUCAUAUAGAAUAUAUAAAAAUAUAAAUAUAUAAACACAUGUAAAUGUUUCUUAAAUACAUAAAUGAAUGUGUGUGUAUUUAUAUAUACAUAAUAAUUACACACAGCACACACUCAUAUAUUAUACAAAAAAUCACUUUUAUUUAGUAUGCGAUAAAUGGCCCAGCACUAGUUUUAACCCAACUGCUGGGUUAUUAUACCCCAUGGUUGCAUAACAACAACCCAACAUUGGAAAUAUGAUAUUGUUACAGCCUUUUUUAAUCCAUGACGAUGCGUACCAAAUUAUUAAAAUAAUUAAAAGAAGAAAUAACGACUUUGACACCAAAUGUACCUGCGAUUAUAUAAUCCACCUUAUAUGAAUGAUUGAAUAUAAUAUGAAGUGAUAUUAGACCAACAGAACAAUAUUAUCUAGUGAAAACCGAAGGUUUUUGUUGUUUUUACUGUAGGCACUGAGCGGUGUGGUACUUUACCGUGUUUUUCAGGUAUCUUUUAACCAAACUCUGAGCAGCUGGUCUUGGCCCAAUCCCAAAUCAUAAUCUUAAGUACUGUUAGUGAAACAGUAAAUCUAGCCUCGGAUCGUCACGAACCAUUGGCACAUUCAUUCAGUCUCCCAGGGCAACAGAUUUAUGCAGAUGUUUAUGCUAAUAAGAUGCAGAUGAUUUGAUUAUCUUUGAACCCACAUCUCACCUCUUGCUACAUUUAUUGACUCCAGCGAUUAAUUGUUAAAGUCGAAUCUUCAAUUACGCCAUUCUUCCUUUUCACAGUAAAAGUGUAAUCUUUAUAAAUCAGUGCAUAUUUUCUUUUUAAAAAUAUAAUCGUCUCGAAUAACGUGGCAAUCACCGUGGACCAAAAUCUUGCAUGGAUAAUCUAAGUAAUAAAUGAAUAAAGUGUCUUCUGCUCUAAUUAUCAAAGCGAAUGAAUUGUAUUGAUUAGAAAGAGGUUUCGGACCGGUUGAAGUGAUGCUGAACGCUCGGCGCCGUGAAGGAUUUAGCGAGUUUGCUGAUGUGAAACACUUGAAUAAUGUAGAUUUGUCAGCUCGCUGUACCAUUUUCAUCUGUCAGUGAUAUUUGAAACCACCCGCACUAUACGGUCUCGCUGUUACAAUCUAUUUUCCAUGAAGCAUUUACGCUGUAUAUGACGUGAACUAGAAUGUAUUUUUGUGUCUUAAGCUCGAUGUUGCCUACUGAGAGGAUAAUUAGUUUUCUCCUCACUCCUUUAAAGUGCGCUAAUGAAAAAGCGACUUAUUUUAGAAGGUUGAAACACUGACCCUGGCCAAGAGAUGGGGUAGUAAUUAUUCAUGAAAGGGUCGUAUUUUACCACCCCGUCACGUGUGGAGUGAAGCGAGGUGCAGGUUAAGUUACGGCUUUAAUUUAGAGUCAAUAUAUAUUAACCAUUCUGGACAUUUUUUAUUUCUUGAAUGUUAUGUAAUGGCUGGAACAAAGAUGUGUUAUAUCUGUUGCCCAUGUCUGCGUGUCAACAUGCAUUCAAGAUGUUGUUUUAAAAUGGCUUUCCUUUUAAGCUGAUGAAGUUUAAUCAUGCUCAGUAAUAAUGCACCCAACUACUAAUACAGUAAAUAAUCCAAUUUAAUGUUCAACUAAGAUUUCCUCUUUAAAUAGUCCUAUAAAGAAGUGUUAUCACUGUGAUGUGUCGGGAUGUUCUCAUGGGUGUAUUUAACUUUAGACUUCAUGUUCUGGAGUGCUGUCGUUUAGUUUUCUCGUUCAGGUCCGACUCCAUUCUGGUAUAUAAAACCCACUUUUAACGAUCUUUUUAAUUGCCAAUAGAAAAAAUCAAGUCCUGCUCAUCAAUAUUAAGUUUCAGGCAAGCGUUUACUAAAAUUGAUUUCAUGUUGACUUAUUUAUUAAUGUUAAAGGGAUAGUUGUAGGGUUGCAAAAUCCUGGGGAUUUUUAAGGCUGGAAACUUUCCAUGGGAAUUAACUAGAAUAUAUGGGAAUUAAUGGAAAUAAAAUGGGAAUAUGCAGAGUUGCCUAUAACAGGGAACUUAAAUAUGGUUUAAAAAAAUCUUGCAGCAUAAUUUAGUUCAAUACAGGAAGAUUUAAUGCAAUUUAAGUCGAAUUUCUCCUCUGCACAUUCUUCAAUCCCAUGCACACAGCACACUGCUUACUGAAGGGACAUUGAGGCCACACCCCCUGCAUGCACUUAAAUUCAUACAUAACAUCCACAGAUCAUUUAUUCAAUCCUUCACACAAAAUAAUGUCAAAAUGUCCAUCUUUGCAUGUAUUCACGUAUAUGUGUUUAAAACUUCCUUGUGCUGUGUGUAAGCUAGUGUGUAUACCAUUGUAAAGACAAAUACACUGACUGAAAAAAAACAUUUAGGUGAGAUCAUUAAAAAAGUACCCAGAAGCUACAUUCCUCUCUUAAUGUUUUUGAAAGAAGUCUCUUAUGCUCAUCAAGCCUCCAUUUAUUUGAUCAAAAUGAAAAAAUUCAGGCUUGAUGGGCAUAAUUAUCAGGACAUUUGUAUUACCUUGCAUGCAUGUCUGCUUAUGACCAAACUAAAUCUUCAUUUAUGUUUGUAUAUUAUAUAGUUUAUAUAAAUUUCCUUUAAGUUUCCAAUUAUUAUUUCCUAAAUUCCCCAGAUUAACUCUUUCUCCGCCAGCGUUUUUUUUUUUUAAGUUGCCAGCCAGCGCCAGCAUUUUUCAUGAUUUUCAAGUUUAAUGCCUUCCAGAAAAUCUUCUUUAAAUAUAUAAACAUAUGCAAUAUAUCAAAUGAAAUAACAUACCCUCUGCUUUCAAAAAAAAUUUGUUCUCUAUUUAUCACCUCUUAAAUAUGGGAGGUUUCUUCAAAAACCCAAAAUUUUGAUUAAAAAGCUGCGAUAAUUCCGACUUUUGAUAGCGAUCAGAUUCAAAGCGAUCUUUAAACCAUACACAGAGUUCUUUCUCUUUCACGUGAGGCGUUACUUCCGCGUUGUAUAAGUUGCAACCUGGUGGAUAAUAGCGGUAUUGGAGAAAGUCGUAAAUUCUCGUCAUUGGCAGGGGAGCGUUUUCUCUUAAUUGAGGAGAUAACUCGUCAAUGGCGGGGAAAGAGUUAAGUUCCCAUAGAAAGUUUCUGGAAACGUUCUGCUCGUUUGCAAGCCUUGAUAUUUGUAAUGACCAAUUUUUAAUUUGGGGGUGAACUAUCCCUUUAAUAGUAAAGAUAGAGUCUGUAUUAUAUUUUUUGCCUUUUCCUGCGUGUGCAUUUAUACAGUGCAUUGUUUUCAUGAGCACAUUCAUUUACAUUUUUAUUGGUUAUAUACAGUUUGUGCUUAUGGUAUAGAAAAUGUAAUAUUUUCAUUCUCUGCGAGAAGCCAAAUCUUAUUCAUAUUAUUCAUAAAUACACAUCAUUUGUUUUUGCUUAUUUGGUUUACAGACAGACACGUCUGUGGCUGGUGAACUUGAUACUGUAUUUUAUGUGUGUUUUUUGUUGCGUUUUUUUUUUUUAAGAAUCAAAAAAAACAACGUGCCCUGUCGUUACGACAGCAUGUCUAUUUAUAGACGUGUCCUCUGUGUCUUAAGUUAUUUGUCUUCCUACUGUGAUUUGUCCUGGGAUUUCCUGUUUUUCCUCUCUCCAUUUUUGCCUUCCAGCUUGACAUUAUUACUUCUUUCAUUUAUCCAUUUCAUCCAUCAGGUUUGUGUGUGGAUGAUACGCUUCCUUUCUUUUUCAUUUUGAAUUUUGAAAAUGUACUCCCAUAAUUCUAGGAUCAAAUAUUUGCCUUUGGUCUGCAAAUAGAAAGAGUGCAUCUCCCUGUAUUACUCAUUCUCUUGUGCCGUGUUUCAUCAGAAUAAUAUUUUCGGGCAGGGGUGCUGUUUUAUGAUAAUGCAGACGUGUAGCGUGAAUGAACAGUGCUGUGCUUUAUUCAGCUCAUAGCGUUUUGAUUGUGUUCACAGUUUGCAAUGCAAAUAAGUCUCUGUAACAGCUUCACGGUGCGUCCCGACACCACAUCCCUGCUUUUUUCUGUUGUUUUUCUUUCUGCGAAAAAUGCCAAAAUCCUCUAGUCAUUACGGUGGAUUCUGCUUAAUGAGUGAUUUUGUAGUCCACACUGCUUGUAGCCUUAACUGAGAAAGGAAAUAUUAGUUUUCUGCUGUAUAUUUGAUUUUUAAAUUCUAUUAAACAGUUGGUACUCUG